AUGGGGAAUCCGAGGGCAACUUCUCUUGAAGCUGGUAGGACCUUGGCUAAAUUUGUCCAGCAUCAUGCCGUAAAGAACACAAGCAGUAAACGCAGUCGCAAAUCGAUCAUGUUUUAUACUUCGCCAUAUCUACGAACAAGACAAACUUGUAAUAACAUUAUCGAGGGGAUUAAAGAUGAACCAGGGAUUGAAUACCGAGUACAAGAAGAGACACGAAUGCGAGAACAGGACUUUGGCAAUUUUCAGAAAUCAAAGGAAGAAAUGGAACAGAUUUGGGAGGAGAGGGCACAUUAUGGACAUUUCUUUUAUCGAAUACCGCAUGGAGAGAGUGCUGCUGAUGUAUACGAUCGAGUUGCUACAUUCAAUGAAACAUUGUAUCGCCAGUUCAAGUCUGACGAUUUUCCAAACAUAUUGGUUUUGGUCACUCAUGGGAUCUGGUCGAGAGUCUUUCUUAUGAAAUGGUUCAAAUGGACGUAUGAAGAGUUUGAGUCGUUGAAGAACAUCCCCCAUUGCCAAUAUUUGAUUAUGAAGAAGGACCCUAAAACGCAAAAGUACCAUCUAAAGACAAGGCUCCGCACAUGGGAAGAUAUGGACGAUACUUGGAUGCAGCACGAAGUGGUUAAGGAGUUUGGAGAUGAGUUUGAUUGUAAAAAUAUAGGAAAAGAAUUGGACGAUGAAGAGAUUGAUGCCCUUGUCGAUGCUCAAAAAGAAGUCAUCAAUUCCACCAAACUGAAGGAUAAGAAGAUUGAAGAGACAUAUAGGAACUUUCAAGCGCGGGGAUUAGGUCGAAAUGGUGGCUCCAGGUUUAAAGUAGAUAACCAAAGCGUUGCAAAUAGUCAGGAAAGUCUUGCUCAAUCACCUUAG